UAAGAGGCUCCGAUGGAGUUAAAUACGGACCCCUCUCCACACCACACCGUUCACUCCUCCCCGCCUCUUCUCUCUCUCUCUCUCUCUCUCUCUCUCUAACACCACGCUAGCUAUCCUCCCCUCCCCUGUUUCCUCUGCCCCAUAAUUCCUCUCUCUCAUACAUUCUCUGGGUUGCAACUAUCUUUCAACGCCCUGCGAAAACGACGCGGCGGUUCCUGAAUCAACACUGCUGAGGACAUCUAAACCAAGGCAGCUAUGGCCAAGGAACAGUUGGAAGUGCUUAAUGCACUUGAUGUUGCCAAAACACAAUGGUACCAUUUCACUGCAAUUGUAAUUGCCGGAAUGGGUUUCUUCACCGAUGCCUACGAUCUGUUUUGCAUCUCUCUGGUGACGAAACUGCUCGGUCGCAUAUACUACCACCACGACAGCGAUGCUAAGCCGGGGACUCUGCCUCCCAACAUCUCGGCUGCUGUGAACGGUGUCGCCUUUUGCGGUACCCUAGCCGGACAACUCUUCUUCGGGUGGCUCGGAGACAAGAUGGGUCGGAAAAGAGUCUAUGGCAUGACCCUGAUGCUCAUGGUCCUUGCCUCGGUUGCUUCCGGUCUUUCCUUCGGAAAGAGCCCGGAAAGCGUGAUGGCCACGCUUUGUUUCUUCCGCUUCUGGCUAGGCUUUGGCAUAGGUGGCGACUACCCUCUUUCCGCCACCAUUAUGUCCGAAUACGCAAACAAGAAAACCCGCGGCGCCUUCAUUGCCGCGGUUUUCGCUAUGCAGGGUUUCGGUAUCCUGACUGGUGGAGUGGUUGCGAUUAUUGUUUCUUUGGCCUUCAAGUCCAAGUUUCCUGCCCCUGCAUACGAAGUUAGUCCUCUUGGAUCCACUGUCCCCGCAGCCGACUACGUCUGGCGAAUAAUCCUUAUGUUUGGCGCCGUCCCAGCUGCCAUGACUUAUUACUGGCGUAUGAAGAUGCCUGAAACCGCUCGUUACACGGCCUUGGUGGCGAAGAAUGCCAAACAGGCCGCUGCGGACAUGUCCAAAGUGUUAGAAGUUGAGAUACAAGCAGAACAAGAAAAAGUGGAAAAGAUUUCUCAGGACCAGAGCAAUUCUUUUGGUUUGUUUUCAAAGGAAUUUCUCCGUCGCCACGGGCUUCACUUGCUUGGAACAACCUCCACAUGGUUCUUGCUAGACAUUGCUUUCUACAGCCAGAAUCUUUUCCAAAAAGACAUUUUCAGCGCGAUCGGGUGGAUCCCCAGUGCUAAAACAAUGAACGCGUUAGAAGAGGUUUUCAGAAUUGCUAGGGCUCAGACUCUCAUUGCCCUCUGCAGCACCGUGCCCGGGUACUGGUUCACCGUGGCGCUUAUCGAUAAAAUAGGCCGUUUCGCAAUUCAAUUGAUGGGAUUCUUCUUCAUGACCGUCUUCAUGUUCGCCUUGGCUAUCCCUUACAAGCACUGGACUCACCCGGACAACCGAAUUGGAUUUGUGAUAAUGUACUCCCUCACUUUCUUCUUCGCCAAUUUCGGUCCCAACGCGACAACCUUCGUUGUCCCAGCGGAGAUUUUCCCUGCGAGGCUGAGGUCCACAUGUCACGGCAUAUCGGCAGCAUCGGGCAAGGCCGGGGCGAUUAUUGGGGCGUUCGGGUUCUUAUACUUGAGUCAGAGCCGAGAUCCGGCUCAAACGGAUAAAGGGUACCCGCCGGGUAUCGGUGUGAGGAAUGCGCUCAUCAUCCUCGGUGGAAUCUGUUUUCUGGGCAUGCUAUGCACUUUCUUGGUGCCGGAAUCGAAUGGCAAAUCCUUGGAGGAAAUGUCUCAAGAGAACGAGGAAGAAGGAGGAGCAGCUCCUGGUUAUGACAGUAGGACAGUUCCAGUUUAAUUGAUCGAGCUUCAUUGCUCAUAAGUUUCAGUAGCACUAUGAUAUUUCUCUAUGUUUUCAUGCAUUUGAUCACUCAUUUUAAGAUGAAAGCACUGAGUGACUCAAAGCUAUCACUAUGCUAGUAUGUUCCAGAAUGUAAUAGUAAUGGGCUAUUGUGCUGCAAUAUCCCAUUGUAGCAACUUUACUUUUUGAUGCAUGUGCUGUCUAAGAGAGUACUUUUAGAGCU